GCUCAGUCCCCCCCUGGAUCUGUCACUGGUCCACCUCUGUUCCCCAACUCAGAUUCCCAAACCUUGCAUCCUCCUCAGCUUCACUCAUCGCGGUGCGAGGGAUCCAAGAUUUGUUUUUCCAGCUGCAUCUCUGUCCCUCUUGGACUGAGAGGGCUCUAGACGCCUUCAAGUCGCACUGCUCUGACCACAUCUACCCCGCUCCUUCUGAAUCCCUGACAGUUUUCUUGCCUUGCGGCUCAAGAUGCCAGAGCCCACAAAGAAAGAUGAGACACCAAAUGGUCACGCAGAAGCUUGUGUGGCUGCUUGCAGAAAGUGUUGCCCCAGACAGUAACGGUGCCCUCACCCUACCUGAGAUUUCCUUGGAGGUUUCUCCCCCACCAGAGACGGUAGGAGAGGGGAAUGAGACCGUAGAGACUGAUGGGAAGAAACCAGAGCCCUCAGGGUCCGAGCCAUUAGAGGCUCGGGACCCGAAAACGAUCGACAAUGGCUCAAACCCGCCAGAGCCUAGUGGGGUUGGGGUGAAUGAACAAACAGAGUCCUCUAACUUUGCUGUUAAGGAAGAGGGCACCUACUCCCCCCCACCACCUGAAGAUGGCAGUUCAGUCAAGAAACUCUCAGUUGACCUGCCUAAUGAUAGUACCUCUUUGCCAGCCAUGGGGAGAAAAGACUCAGUGUGGUCUCUGGGAGAGGGUCAAGCUCCAGAGGACGUGGACAAGCCGAUUGACAACCCACCACUGUCCACGCUGCUGAUCGUGAAGCCUCAGAGCGGAGCCGUCAGCGUGGGAGGUGACAUCACCUUUAUUGCCAAGGUGGAAGCCAAAGACCUCCUUCGCAAACCCACUGUCAAGUGGUUCAAAGGAAAAUGGAUGGAUCUGGCCAGCAAGACCGGAAAGCACCUGCAACUUAAAGAGACCUUUGACAGACAAACCAAAGUCCACACUUUUGAGAUGCACAUCAUCAAGGCCAAAGAGAACUACGCUGGGAAUUACAGGUGCGAGGUGACGUACAAGGACAAGUUCGACAGCUGUUCCUUUGACUUGGACGUUAAAGAAACCGAACAUGGCUCGCAGAACAUUGAUAUUCGAUCAGCUUUCAAGAGAAGCAGUGAAGGACAAGAAGAUGCAGGGGAGCUUGACUUUAGUGGUCUCCUUAAACAUAGGGAGCACAAACAGCAGGAUGACACCCCAGAGGUGGAUGUGUGGGAGAUCCUAAAGAACGCCCGCCCAGAUGAAUAUGAAAAAAUUGCCUUCACUUACGGCAUCACGGAUCUGAGGGGUUUGCUGAAAAGGAUGAAAAAGAUUCCUAAAGAAGAGAAGAAGAGCGCAGCUUUUGCGAAGAAGCUGGAGCCUGCGUAUCAGGUGGAUAAAGGUUCAAAGAUACGCCUGGUGGUCGAUCUAGCGGACCCAACAGUUGAUCUGAAGUGGUACAAGAAUGGACAUGAAAUCAGGCCUACUCCAAAUCAAAGGAAGUAUAUUUUUGAGCACAAGGGCACACAAAGGAUUAUGGUCAUCAACAACUGCACUAGUAAUGAUGAUGCAGCCUAUUCAGUAGUUGCAGGAGAAGAAAAAUGUACUACGGAGCUUUUCGUCAAAGAGUUACCAAUAAAGAUAGUUAAAGAUAUCGAGCCUGUGAAGACCACAGUCAACGAGAGGAUCGAACUGGAGUGCGAGGUGUCAGAAGAAGGAGCUCAAGUUAAAUGGAUGAAGAACGGUGUUGAGGUUCCAACAGGAGUUCGCUCAAGAUACAGAAUCAAGUGUGAGGGAACCAAACACUACCUGGUCAUUGACGAUGCCUCCAAAGAAGACACUGGAACAUAUUCCGUCAUGGCUUCUGGGGGCACAUCAGAGGCUCGUGUUCAAGUUGACUUGAAACCAUUAAAGAUUUACCAGGAUCUACAGGAUAUGACGGUGUUGCUGGGAAAACCCAUAAAGCUUCACUGUGAGAUCUACCCAGGAAAUGUUCCAGGUCGUUGGUACAGGAAUGGACAGCUGAUCCAGCCCAGUGAUCGGAUCAACAUCAUCCACAGGAAUAAGAUUCACCGACUGGAAAUUGAGACAAGUUCCCUUCACGAUUCAGGAGAUUACACGUUUGUUCCUGAAGGAUAUUCACAGAGUCUAAGUGCCAAAGUCCACAUUAUUGACCCACCAAAGGUUCUUUUGGAUAGCUUGAACUUCCCCGACAACACCGUCACAGUUGUGGCCGGAAACAAACUUCGUCUAGAGAUCCCCAUCAGUGGAGAGCCGGCACCUAGAGUGGUGUGGAUGAAGGGGGAAAGGGUGAUUCUUGAGUCAGGUCAUCGUGUCAGAGCCGAAACGUACGGAGACCAGACAAGCCUGACAAUUGAGGUGACCGAGCGGGAGGACACUGGCAACUACAAGAUAGUUUUGCAGAACGAGGCAGGCGAGGCCACAGCCAGCGUCAAAAUAAAGGUGGUCGACAUUCCCGACCCUCCUGAUGCACCUUUGGUUCCAGUUGUUGGAGGUGACUGGUGUUCUAUGACAUGGGAACCACCCAAAUAUGAUGGAAGUUCACCCAUAUUAGGCUAUUUUAUUGAGCGAAAAAAGAAGCAGAGCUCCAGAUGGAUGAGGCUGAACUUUGACCUCAUCAAAGAAACUUCAUUUGAACCCAAAAAGAUGAUUGAAGGAGUGCCAUAUGAAGUGCGCAUUUUUGCAGUCAAUGCCAUCGGCGUGUCCAAACCCAGUGAACCAUCCAAAGCCUUUACGCCCCUUGCUGUGACCAGUGAGCCCACAAUGCUAGUUGUGGAUGACGUCACAGACACUACGGUUACUGUAAAAUGGCGUCCACCUGAAACCAUUGGAGCUGCCGGGCUGGAUGGAUACUUAGUGGAGUAUUCCAUUGAAGGAACUAAUGACUGGAUUGUGUCCAACAAGGAGGUGACAGAGAAAACUAAGUACACCAUCACUGGGCUAACUCCUGGAAGUAAAAUUUUAGUUCGAGUCAAAGCUAUUAACAAAGCUGGAGCCAGUUCUCCACGGACUCUGCAGCACUCUGUCUUGGUCAAGGAAGUUGUUGAACCACCCAAGAUCCGUGUCCCAAGACACUUGAAGCAGACAUACACUCGCAGAGUUGGAGAAGCUGUCAACCUUGUUGUGCCUUUCCAGGGGAAACCCCGGCCAAAGGUCACCUGGUUGAAGGAGGGCAAGCCUGUAGAAUCCUCUCAUGUUAGUAUCCGCAACACGGACUGUGAUAGCAUCAUAUUUAUCCGUAAAGCAGAGCGCAGCCACUCCGGGAAUUAUGAGAUGACAGUUCAAGUUGAAAACUAUGCAGACACAGCAGUUAUUGACAUUCAAAUUGUAGAUCUGCCUGGACCUCCUUUCAGCGUGAAUAUUGAAGAUGUCUGGGGAGAAAAUGUAGCUCUAGUUUGGACCCCUCCGAAAGACAGCGGAAACGCCCCAAUAACUGGCUACACUAUACAAAAAGCAGACAAGAAGACAAUGGAAUGGUUCACGUGUAUUGAGCACUACCACCGCACCUGUAUCACAAUCACAGAGUUGGUGGUUGGGAACGAGUACUUUUUCAGGGUCUUUUCAGAGAAUAUGUGCGGUCUGAGCGAAGCGGCUACCCAAACUAAAAAGAGUGCUCUCAUCGUCAAAGAAGGCUCACAGAUGAAGAUACCUGAGUACAGUGACCACGACUUCAAGGAGCCGCCAAAGUUCACUCAGCCACUGAUUAACACUUUUGCCGUCGCUGGCUACAACACUACUCUGAACUGCAGUGUUCGUGCCAACCCAAGGCCUAAAGUCAUCUGGAUGAAGAACAAAAUCACCAUCAUUGACGACCCACGCUACCGCAUGUUCAGCAACCAAGGCGUCUGCACCCUGGAGAUCAGGAAGCCCAGUCCUUACGACGGCGGCAUGUACACCUGCAAGGCCAUUAAUGAUUUGGGGGAGGCCCAGGUGGAGUGCAAGCUUGAGGUCAAAGGAGGCUUCACCUUCUACGAGCUCAUGCGACGUGGAGUACCUCUACACCUGAUUGAUAAGUACGUGAAUGAGGCGAAGAUUGUUGAUCAAGAGAAGUAAAACUUUCAGUUCAAUAAGAACAUUUGUAGAUGUCAGUCGCCUUUUGAGACCCUUUUCUAUCACCUUUUGAGAUUAGCAGAUGGGUUGAGGAUGGAGGUCUGGUGAAACAAAUGGAUGGGGUGUUGGUGUACUGAUACAUGGAGUGGUAUGCUGUGUGCAGGUUUGAAGCUUAUGUAGAAUUCAAUAGCCAGUUCAUCUUGUGUUUGAAACUGUGAUGUUUGAAAGGCUGUUUCAGCUAAAAUGCAUGUUGAGAGGAUUUUGGAUCAAGAUGCAUUUCAUUAGUAACGUGUGUAAAAAAAAACAGAAAAAUUGGCACAAGACUUCCAUCUACAGUAUUUACAAGUGGAUUUUUAAUGGUAGAUGUUGGCGAAAGUGAUUGUUUUCUGGAAGCUUAUAGAUAAGAAGUGACUUUCCCCACUGUGGGAUCAAUAAAGUCUGUUCUAUUCGAUUCUAAAAAUGUAUAAACUAUGCAAUAGCCUUGUUAUUGUGUUGAUGUACAUCUAUGCUAAAUAAAAUAGCAUUGACUAAUGUUGGAAAAGGGCAUGUCAAGCCUUCCAAUAUACAUAUGAAUGUAACAUUUUUGUGUAAUUAAAUUUUUGUCCAACAGAUAAGAAAAUGUAGAUGUUUGAUAACAGUUCACAUUCUGCAUGACACAUUUAGAUGUUGCGAUUCAUAUUGGUACAACGUUUAAUAAAAGAUCAACCAUAUGUGCAUGCUUUCCUCUUUGUAAGAAUGAACAAUAAACUCAAAGCUGAGUAA